AUAAACAUCAGACUGAAGAAGAAGAAGAACAUUAAGAACAUUAAGAAGAAGAAGAUGGAGAUGAAGGUGGUGACUCUCCUCUGAAGGGUUAGAUGUGAGCGGAGUGAAGCAGAGUUUCCCGCCAACAGACGAACAUGGAGGAAUAACAAGCUUCUCUCUGGCUUUAAUAGUUAGCCUAGCUUAGCUUAGCCUAGCCUAGCCUAGCUUAGCUCCAUGGCUUCCCCCGCCGGACUCCCCCCUCUCGGCCCGGACAGAGCCUCCUCCUCCCCCGGCUCUCACUGCGGGGCCAGGCCGCCUCACCGGCCCCCCGCGGCCCCGGUGCUUCCUCCCGGUGUGAUGGCGGAGUCGGUAGAUGACGCGGAGGGUCUGUACGUGGCGGUGGAGCGGUGUCCGCUCUGCAGCACGUCCCGCCGCAGACUCACCUGCGCCCGCUGCGUGCAGGCCGGAGACUUCACUCACCUGGACGGGAGGAACACGGAGAGGACCACGGAGAGGUUUGUUGAGAAGUUGGAGCGACUGAAGAAGCUGAAAGAGGAAAAGGAGACGCUGCAGCAGAGAGUGAUCCAGGCCAUGGACAGGAAGCUGCAGGCUGAUGAGAUGAAGUGGAAGAUCAUGUCGUGUAAGAUGAAGAUCGAGCAGCUGAAGGAGGCGGUCGCCUGGGGCAACGAGGAGGUGAAGAGUGAUAAGGAGGUGCUGCUGCGCUCCCAGGAGGAGAGCCAGCGGCUGCAGCGUCGAGCCGGCCGUCACCAGGAGAAACGUGAUAAGAUCGAGCGUCACAACCGUCGUCUUGGCGACCUGCAGGAGCGGCGCGGCCGGGAGCUGGCGGCGCGUCUGGAGCAGCUGGCGGCGCUGCGGAGGGAACACAUCCUGGAGCUCACCACACACAUCUUCCUCACACAGGAGGAGAAGCUGGGCACCAGAGACCCCGCGGACGUGGUGGCAGAGUGUGACCCCGCGCUGACCUCCAGCACGGUGAGCGAGCUGGCCGAGGCCCGGCGCACCACGUACCUGUCGGGACGCUGGAUCUGGGACGACCAGAACGGAGAGACGAGCAUCAGCAUCACGGGAGCGCCCGUCACGUUGCCGAGCAACGGGGACUGCUCCGCCUACUACACCUGGGUGGAGGAGAAGAGCACCAAUCAGGGGCCAGAGUUGGACCACAUCAACCCGGCUCACACGAUCAGCGCCGCGCUCUGCUACGCUACGCAGCUCGUCACCAUCCUGUCCCACAUCCUGGACGUCAACCUGCCCAAGAAGCUCUGCAACAGUGAGUUCUGUGGAGAGAAUCUGAGCAGAUAUCGAUUCACCAGAGCGCUGAAUAAACUCAACACCAACAUCCUCCACCUGUGCUUCUCCCAGCAUGUCGACAGUGAGAAGCUUCAUCCUCAUCACACUCUGAGGAACAUCAUGUUUCUGGUUUCCCCCGACAACGACAACCUGGGCAGGACCGGUCCGUUCGAGGUGAGCGCUGACCUGGAGGAGUCGAUGGAGUUCGUGGAGCCGGAGGCGGCCGGGCCGGCGGAGGAGAGCGGAGACGAGGCGGUGACGGAUGAGGAGACGGACCUGGGGACGGACUGGGAGACGGUGCCCAGUCCUCGGUUCUGUGAUAUCCCAUCGCAGUCCAUGGAUCUUUCCCAGAGUGCAUUGCAGGUGUCCCAGCCCUCAGCGAAUACAGGUGGGAUGAUCUCAUCAGCGGCUGCUUCCGUCACUUCCUGGUUCCGAGCGUACACCGGCCAGCGCUGAACCGGACCGGAGGAGCGGCGAGACUCUGAGCUGGUUUAGACUGGAUGAGC